AUGGAUACCCCUGCUAAUUUUGUCACCCAUGUUGUGUUCUUUCUGUGGAGAAUUUGGAAGCAUAGAUGUGAUUGUUUUUUUAAUAAGCUAUCUCCAAAUCCAAUCAAGAUUGCUUUGUCUGCUUUUAAAGCGGCGACUGAAUUCCUUGCAGCUCACUCAUUAACGAGUUUAGAUUCAGAUUUUGGGUGUCACACCAUUCCCAAUACUAUUCCUGUUAAGUGGUCUCCGCCUUCUGUAAAUGCCAUCCUCAUCAAUACUGAUGCUUCUUGGCAGAAGGAUACCCUUAUGUGUGGAGUGGCAGCUUUGGCUAGAAACUGGAAAGGUUCUUUGAUUGCCGGUAAAACGGCAAAAAUGCUCGCUCCUUCCCCUUUGGCAGCAGAAGCAUUAGCAGUUCGGGAAGCAAUUCUUCUGGCAAACUCCUUCCCUCAUAUGGAUGUCAUUAUCUCUUCAGAUUCUCAAACUUUGAUCAACUCCAUCUCCCAUAAUCUCCCUGCCUCUGAUUGGAAAGCUGCAACCAUUAUUUCUCAAGUCCAGUACCUCUCUUCAACCCGGCAGUUUAACUGGUCUUGGAUCAGUAGAAAGGCUAAUAAAGCAGCUCAUCAUGUUGCUUCAUUAGUUAACAGUGGGAAGUGUCCUUCCAACUGGGUUCGUCACCCUCCCUCCUCUUUACUUGAAAUUUUGUUGUAUGAUGGGCUUCCAGGUCCACCUCUAGUUUAG